UUAAGCUCUCGGGCGGCCAUUUCGCGCCCUUUGCGGCGGUGAUGCGUGAGGUGAGGGUGGGAGUGGUGAGGCCGCGCUCAGCAUCUGUUCACCAUCCGCCGUCAUCCGUGGCGCUGGAGCGGUGGCAGCGAGGCACGCGGAGACCUGUCUGGCGUGCGAGCUGUUGAGGCUGCAGUAGAGGCAGUAAAUGAUGCUGAGCUACCAACUGGCAAACUGAAACAUGACUGAUACAGAUGAAUCCCAAGCUUCUGGCUCUGAUUACCCUGAUGCCCAAGAGCUAAUAUGCAGUCAGCAGAAGGAAGCAUAUAAGGUACAUGCAUGUGAAACAAAUACACGAAUGGAGUGUUCACGUUCAAGGCAGAAGAAUGCUGCUCCUGAGGAGUCUUCAGAUGAGCUUAACAGUGUACAUAAAUCAGCAGCUGCUUCAGCUGAGGUUUUCCUGGACAGCAGUGAUUCAGAAAUCAAUCUCCCUGCUGCUAGUGGCAGUGAAUACCAUCCUAAGUGCUCCAUUGCACCUUCAAAGCAAAAAAAGAGAUCUCAACCUUCAAGGCAACAAGCAGAAUCUGUUGCAGGAGUGUCUGACAAUGAAAGUUCAGAUUCUUCUCUAUCUCCUCAAAGUCCAGUGAAGUCAUCGGAAACUUCCAAAAAUCAGAAGUCAAAACUCAAUUUGAAAGCCAUUUUCGCCUAUCACUUCAGAGGAAAGAAGUUUAAGGCUGCUGCACACCGAAAAUACAAGGGUGGCUCAGGGAAAAAGAAGAAAAAGUAUGAGAGCACUCACAUGCCUACGGGGAGGCCGCCACUGACAGCCUCACCACAAGAGCAAAAGAGAAGGCUUCAAGAUAGAGGUUUUCAAUUCCCUUUUGUUGAAAAACAUUAUGGGAAGAAAGACAUUCCCCUAAAGAUGGUUCUUGGCUAUGAGCAAGCAGCUGCAAAGGGAUAUUUCCAGUACAUUGAAGUGCUUAAAUAUGAAGAACAUCUCAAAAAGGCUUUAAAAGCCCUUCAAGCUAGUGAAGACUUAGAAAGAGAAUGUCUGGCAGUACGGAAACACAAAUACUUAGAUGAUGAAGGCCCCAUUUCCCCUAUUCAGGAGACGAAUGAUGAUGAUGACAGCUUGAAUUUUGAUAAUCAAGACCACCUUGAUGCCAGAGUAGUGGAGAACAGCUCUUUCAUUAUAAGCAGCAAAAUUCCUAGUAAGAAAAAGUCAAAGCCAGAAAUGAAAUGUGCAAAAUCAACUGAAGUGAUUGAAAUAGAGGAGGAAGACAACUGUGCUGCUGAGAACUCUGGGCUUCUGCAAGGUUCACCUCUGUGAACAGAAAACUAUCAAAGGAGGUGGCAGUGGUCAUUCUUCAGAUACCUUUUUCAUGGCCUGCUUGGUUUAAAACCUGAGUCCGAAGUUGGUGUUGAGCUAUCGACCAACCAACCUAGUCCCAUUUGGCUUAAGUUUAUGUUGCUUUUGGAAGAUGAAAUACCACUUAGUUUUCUUGAUGUGCAAGUGGAUGUCCCAUGCAAGGCUGGGGGGGACAGCAGAAAGAAGCUGGUAGUCUUGCACGUAUGUAUUGUUAAAGCUGUGAAACUUCUUACUGUAGGGUGUUACCAAAUUUGGGUGGCUUCAGGACAGUCUAGGAAAUGGCAUGGAAGAAAACGCCAUCUAUGAUCACUGGAUAGGAAAACAUCUUUAACAUGGGAAGCCCUGAGCUAAAGCUGGGCAACUAAUGAGACCUUACAAGAACAUACUUCAUUAAGAGGAUAGUAACAAGGCAUCUUAUUUGGCCAAUGCUGUACUAAGGGUGCUGGACUAGAUAACGUAACCGUUUGACACAGCGUAAAUUGUUCUUAUGACAGCAUAUCUGAUCUUGAACUCCUUGCCACAGUUACCUUAGUCCAAACUAUACCUGUCUCUAAAAAUGGAAAACAUAGUAGUGGAAGGUGACAGUCAUUAAUGGUAGGUAUAUAAUAAACUGAGAAAUAGCUUCAAAUGCUGUUUAAAAAUUAGUGGAAAAAUUAAAUCUGAUGCAUUCAGUCUGUUCUAGCACGUGUUCAGUUUUUGUCUGUUGCUGUAGACAAAAAACUGGAACCUAGUGCUUAGAAAAAACCCUUCUUUUGCAACCCACAGCUGAUGUACGUAUUAGUUGUGUUACUUAUAUGAAGGGACAAUAUUUGCAUGUAUUCAAACAGCAAUUCAUUCAAAUACUGAUGAAUCUAGGGCAUGAGUUUCAUGUUUGGGAUUUGCAGAAGUGUAGUUCAGUUACAUCAGUUUCUUUCCAGACUUUACGGAUGAGCACACCAGCUCUGCAGCAGCAAGCAGUUGUAACUUUUUUGGUGUGUUUGAGUUCUUAUGGCUGUCUGCUGGCCUUCUGAUGUACAAAUCUGUUACUUCAGUGGACUUUUGUGGAACACACCAGUGAAAGAGGGCCUUUACUGUGAUGUCUGGAACACAGUGGAAAGCCUCUACUUAAGGGAAAAGAAGUCCAUGUGGUAGUCCUGUCUGAACUAGCAUCUUGGUGGUAUGUAAUUAGAGAAAAUGAGAGUAGAAAUGCAGGAUGCCAUUUCACAGAAAUCUGAAGCCCCUUCUUGGGUUAGUAUGACAUCUGAGGUUCUGCAUAUUCCUUAAUGAUCAGAGGGCUCUGUUUUUCAGUGGCUGGAAGUCUGUAUCAGAUCAAGCUUACUGACUUGUGGAGUGUUUCAGGGACUUGUUUUCAACACUAUGUUACUGUAUUUUAAAGUAGUAUUUGCUGUGUUAAGUGAAGAAUUUAUUUUAACUUUGAUUUGUCCAAAGAACACUCAGACAAAUUUCUCAGUCAAAAAGGAGGUGGUCAGCUUAACAGCUUAAACUGAUAGUUUUACUUCUACAAGGUACACUUAGGAGGAAAGUUACAGGAAGGAUUUUGUUUGAGUACAAUUUUGUAGUUAAUUCCCUUUGUUUGCCUUUCAGGUAAUGUUAAAUUUAACAUUAAAACUGUUACUAAUACGGAGGAGUUACUUCAUCUUCCCCAAAAUGUUAGUGUAUCAUUUACCUUCCUCCUUCCCCCGAAUGUCUUGAAACAAGUGAAAGGGCACUUAUAGGAUCUAUACAAGAUAACUUUCCAGUCUGCUUGAUUUUAUCUCUUCUGUUAAUUUACAGUACCAGAAAUGCUGAGGUCUAUCCCGAUAGGAUCUCUUCUGUAGGUACUGACUUGUGCUUUUGAUACAAAUGAAAGUGAUUCAAGUGGAAAAGCUUGGUGCUUUAGGAUACAGAACAAGGUGAACUUUGCUGUGUUAAAAGGAGGAGCUGUGGAAGAAAACCUGUUUGACAGUGUCUGCUACCCAGUCACUGCAUGUCAGAGGGGUGAGAAGCACCACCUGAGUGCAACCAAAGCAACUCUGAAGGUCCUGGUGAUGUUGCUGCAAGUCUGCUGCAAAGAACUGCACAGCUCUUCAAAAUAAAGAACCUUAUUUGAGUGUUU